CUACUUGACGCGCCGCCAUUGGCUUUGCUCAAUGCCGAUGGAAUGCUUUGUUUUUUUCAUAAAAAAAUAUAAAUAUCCCUAAAGUGAAUCUAUUUUGAGAAUAUAUCGGAAUGUAUGUAGAAGUAUGAUAGGUGACAUCCAGUUAACUAAACGUUUAGUAUUUAUUGCAUUAGUUCUAGGUGUUAUAUUGAUUUUAAAAGAUUACGUGUUUGUUUCACUAUGAGUCAGCAGAGGGUUGCGUACUUUUACAACCCUGAUGUGGGUAAUUUCCACUAUGGGCCCGGACACCCCAUGAAGCCGCAUAGACUCUCAGUCACCCACAGCCUAGUUCUCAACUAUGGGCUCCACAAGAAGAUGCAAGUGUAUAGGCCAUAUCGAGCGAGUGCUCAUGAUAUGUGCCGUUUCCACAGCGAGGAUUACAUAGAAUUCCUUCAGAAUGUCACUCCGCAGAAUAUUCAAACAUAUUCCAAGGAUCUACUGCACUACAAUGUCGGUGAUGACUGUCCAGUAUUUGAGGGCCUCUUCGAUUUCUGUUCAAUGUACACGGGAGCAUCUCUCGAAGGUGCCAUGAAAUUAAACAACAACGCCUGUGAUAUAGCCAUCAACUGGUCGGGCGGUUUGCACCAUGCUAAGAAAUUUGAACCGUCUGGUUUCUGCUAUGUCAAUGAUAUUGUGAUUGCUGUACUGGAACUGCUGAAGUAUCAUCCGAGGGUUCUGUACAUUGAUAUAGAUGUACAUCACGGGGAUGGGGUCCAGGAGGCUUUCUAUCUGACCGACAGGGUCAUGACAGUUAGUUUCCAUAAAUAUGGCAACUAUUUCUUCCCCGGAACCGGUGAUAUGUAUGAAAUCGGAGCUGAGAGUGGGAGAUACUUUUCGGUUAAUGUACCACUGAAGGAGGGUAUAGACGAUCAGAGCUAUGUGCAGAUAUUUAAGCCGGUUAUUUCCAAUGUGAUGGAGUUUUACCGACCAACUGCCAUAGUUCUCCAGUGUGGUGCUGAUUCCUUAGCUGGUGAUAGGCUCGGCUGUUUCUCACUAUCCACACGGGGUCAUGGUGAAUGUGUGAAGUUCGUCAAGAACUUGAAUGUGCCCACUCUAGUCGUGGGCGGUGGUGGAUACACCCUGCGUAACGUAGCCAGAUGUUGGACGUACGAAACGUCACUGCUGGUCGACGAAAAUAUAUCAAACGAGCUGCCGUACACCGAAUAUUUGGAGUUCUUUGCACCAGAUUUUCAAUUGCAUCCAGAGAUUAACAGUACAUCGAAUGCAAACAGCAAGCAGUAUUUGGAAGCAAUAACAAAACAUGUCUAUGACAAUCUGAAGAUGUGUCAACACUCCCCCGCAGUUCAAAUGACGCAUAUACCAGGUGAUUUCCUGCCCGAAGAAUACAGGAUAAAGGAGGAGCCAGAUCCCGACAUCCGAAUCAGUCAAGAGGAAGCGGACAAGAUGGUGGAACCAAAGAAUGAAUUCUUUGACGAUGACAAAGAUAACGACAAGGAAUCUCUGCCGGAGGUCAAGGAACCCUAACAAAAAAACAAAACGAAACGCUCGCGGCCUAUAUGACGGGCGCGAGGCAGGAAAGCCAGGAAAAAGCGAAGUUCUUGAGCUUAGUCUCAAUAUACAUACAUAUAUUGAGAGACAUUGAGUGCUACAUACAUACACAUUAUAACAACUUUGGCUCUAGAAGCUGCGUACUGUGUUGUGUUGUGUGACACUAGCUAUACAGUGACAGUGUUACUUUACAAGAGACGAUAGGUUUGAAGUAAUAUGUGCAUCAGUUUAAGGCAUAACGGAACCAGUUUAUCCCUGCUUAGUAUUUAAUAUUCAAAAAUAUUACAGCUGUAAGCUAUACCCUGUGGAAAAAGUCUUAUAAAUUCUGAUACAAAACAGCUAACCGGGUAUCAGAAUUUAUCAGUUAAAAAAAUAUAAGAAAGAAAAAAAUUCUGAUACAGAUUGCUAUAAGAAUCUAUCAGUUAUGAGAAUUUAUGAGACCGUUUCCACAGGGUAUGUAGAUUUAUGUAUUAAUGGUCUAAUUUACUUAUUUAAGUAAAGUAAUAUCUAAAUUAGGGUUAGUUAAAUGAAUAUUCCUAUUAUAUAUAACAUCCAUAUAUACCGUAAAUAUCCUUCCUCACAGUGAUUGUGUUUAUCAAUAUUUUUAUGUCCAUUGUCCGUUAAAUACAUAUAAAUAUAACAUUUAAUUUAUUUCUAUAGUAAUAAAAAUUCUAUGCAAUAUACACGUGACACGUAGAAAUAAUGUAGGGAUUGUAUUUUAGUACCUAAGCUAGUUUACAUGUAUUGUAAGAAGUGCACAGAAAUUUGUAUUAUACUAAGAUUUUUGCUGUUAGUUUUUCUUCCUUAUCAUAAGCUGUAUAAGGCUAGUACAUAAGUGAGGUGCAUCCAGCGUACCUAUUCAUUUAAUCAUUCAAUUCAAUGUUUUAAAAUGUAUGUGCUAGGUUUAAUAAAGUUCCUCUUGCAUGUUCUGUGUGUGUACUUCAAUAUAUAAGUGGUCGUACAUGUAAGUGUAACUAACAAGCAAUUCGUUUGGCAAAUGGUCUUUGGACGCGAGCGCUGUUCACAAAACGUAUUUAGAUAUAAAUUUGAUAAUUUUCUAUUUGUGAUUUGAUAAUUUUAAGUGUGCAAUUGUAAAUAUAAAACAAAAUUAUAGUAUUACUUCUAACAUUCUAAGACAUUAAGGGUAAGCGAAUGUAUCUAUUAAGACUUUUUUAUUAUUAUAAUAAUAAUCACAUUGUAUUGUCCUCUUAUAUAAGCAAUUAAAACUUCACUGGCAAUAAAUGCUGGAUAGAUUUAAGUAAAAAAAUUUCAACUUUCUUUAAUAUAUUUAUCAAAUUGCUAAGAAUGUGGUUAUGCAUUAUCCUAAUCAUAGUUUUGAGUGCUUUAUUAUUAGUGUAUUGUCGGUGAAACCUUUCAGUUUUAAAAGUAAAUUGUGAGUAAGUUUUAAUAGUAAAUUGUGAGUAAGUUUUAAAAGUAAAUUGUGAGUAAAUUUAAUUUGCAAUGUACUUUAUGAUCCACAAAUGUAUAUGGAGUCUUAAAAUUAUUUAAUGUUUUAGUAGUACCAACAAUGUUUGUCUCUACCCACCAUCGACUGUGCUUUUCAUAUCUCUAAAUACAUAUUACAAUUUUAUUCGA